UAAUUCUCCCAAAAAGAAAAUAAGCUUAUUGAAGACUUUCACGUCUAAAAGUAUCGUUUCUUGUGGUAAACAUGAGCUCGGGGAAGAAACAAGAACGCCGCGAAGAAGAUAACGGUAAUGGAAACAAAGGGUUAUCGUCAACUAAAAUUGUACGUACGGUAACGGAGGAAGAGGUGGAUGAGUUUUUCAAGAUACUACGUAGAGUACACGUGGCGACACGGACGGGUGCGAAAGUUAACGUCGGUGUCGAUGAACGAGGGUUACCGACUAAGAAGAGGAAACGGAGUCAGAGCCUUGGUUUGGUAAACUCAUUGCAUAGUAACGGCGUUAGAGAUGGAGAACUCGAUGGAGUAACUCCGGUAGGGUUAAGAAAAUCGAGUUUUGAUCUGAACUGUAAACCGGAAUCUGAAACCGUUAGUUUGUAAUCCUUCUGCCGAGUUUUACAUCUUUCUUCCUAUAAUUAAUUUCCAAUAUACCUAAAUAAUUUUUAACA